AUGCGAAGUAUUAGCGGAAUUGGUAAAUUUAUAGAAACGUCAUCCAAAGUUAUGGAACAAGUAAAUGUCAUUGGAUCUUUCAUACCUCUUAUAUCUUUAAUAUCUGAAUUAACAAAAGAAAUAGUAGAAACUUAUGAAAAUGCUCAGUAUAAUAAAAAAACCUGUGAAGUAUUAGUUAAUCGAAUUGAAGCUGCGGAAGUUACGCUUAAAAUAUUAAUUAGAGAAAAAGAUGAAAAUCUUCUUAGUCAAGGUUAUAGUAAAUCUCUUGAUAAAUAUGUAAAUUGUUUAAAAGAUAUUAGAGAUUUUUGUAAUGAUAUUACUCAAUUAUCAAAAUUUAAAAAAUUUUAUACAAGUGGAAGUAUUAAAGAAAAAUUUCGUGAGAUUAUUGAAGAAUUUGAUAAUUGUUCAAGAGAUUUAAAUUUAGCAAUAACUAUUACUACAAAUGAACAGAUGAAUAAAUAUUUAUCAUUUUUACAUCUUGAUAUGAUUGAAAUGAUGAAAUUUUUGGAUAAUAUUGAAGGACUAUUGAAAAUAGAACUAAAAAAUUCGUCUCUAAUACCAAUGAAAUUCAAUUUCAAAAUCAGGAAAUCAUUUUUAAAAUAA